CGCGCGGCCCCCGGGCCCGGCUCGCGGCGCGGCGCGGGCGGCAGCAUGGUGGAGAAGCGCUGCCCGCUGCAGAGGGACGGCGUGUACCGCUGGUUCUCGGAGCUGCCGUCGCCGCAGCGCGUGGAGUUCCUGUGCGGCCUGCUGGACCUGUGCAUCCCGCUCGAGCUGCGCUUCCUCGGCUCGUGCCUGGAGGACCUGGCGCGCAAGGACUACCACUCGCUGCGCGACUCGGAGAUCAAGGCCAACAACCCGGCCGACCUGGGCAGCCUCACCAACCUGACGGACGAGGUGGUGCGCAGCAAGCUGCUCGUGUCGCUCGCGCUGCUGGGCUCGGAGCAGCGCGAGGCGGCGGGCGUGCUGUACCGCACGCUCACGCACAUCGACUCCAUCAUCCACAACUACGGGCUGCAGCUCAACGAGGGCCGCACGGGCGAUGAGUUCCUGCUGCUCUUCACCAUGGCCUCCAACCACCCGGCCUUCAGCUUCCACCAGAAGCAGGUGCUGCGCCAGGAGCUCACGCAGAUCCAGAGCAGCCUGAGCGGCGGCGGGGGCCCCGGGGGCAAGGGCGCGCCGGCCUGCCCAGCCUGCCACAAGGUCUCCCCACGGCCCGAGGCCCCCGUCGGCGGCGUGGGCAACAGCCUGGAGAGCGCUCUGCACACAUCGGCACAUUCCACGGAGGAGUCACUGCCCAAGAGGCCUUUAGGGAAGCACGGCAAAGUGAGUGUUGAAAAGAUAGACCUGAAGGGAUUGUCACACACAAAAAAUGACAGAAAUGUUGAAUGUUCCUUUGAGGUCUUGUGGUCUGAUUCUUCAAUAACAUCAGUGACCAAGUCUUCCUCUGAAGUGACUGAAUUCAUUUCAAAGCUGUCUCAGCUCUACCCCGAAGAGAACUUGGAGAAACUCAUUCCUUGCCUAGCUGGCCCAGACUCGUUCUACGUGGAGCGAAACCACAUGGAUCUGGAAGCCGGCCUGAGUUUCAGGUAUUUGGCUUCGUUACCUUCUCAUGUAUUAAAAAAUGACCAUGUGAAGAAGUUUUUCAGCACCUCAUCUCCCACCCAACAGCUUCAAAGUCCAAGUCCUGGCAACCCCUCCCUGUCUAAAGUAGGUACCAUGAUGGGCGUGGCCGGAAGGCCCGUGUGCGGCGUGGCCGGCAUCCCGUCCUCGCAGAGCGGAGCCCAGCACCACGUGCAGCACCCGGCCGGCCCGGCCCCGGCCUUGCCCCACUGCUCCCACGCGGGCGGCGCGGGCUCGGCGCUGGCCUACAGGGCCCAGAUGGACGCCUCGCCUGCCAUCCUGAUGCCUCCCAGCCUGCAGGCCCCACAGACGCAGGAGCAAAACGGAAUCCUCGAUUGGCUCAGGAAGCUGCGUUUGCACAAGUACUACCCCGUCUUUAAGCAGCUCACCAUGGAGAAGUUCUUGAGCCUUACAGAAGAAGAUCUGAACAAGUUUGAGUCCCUCACCAUGGGAGCAAAGAAAAAACUCAAGACUCAGCUGGAGCUGGAAAAGGAGAAGUCGGAGAGACGGUGCCUGAACCCCUCGGCCCCGUCCUUGGUCACCAGCAGCGGCGUGGCGCGCGUGCCCCCCACCAGCCAUGUUGGACCCGUGCAGGCUGGGCGGGGCAGCCACGCUGCAGAGCUGCGGGUGGAAGUGGAGCAGCCCCCUCACCAGCUUCCCCGGGAAGGCAGCUCCUCGGAGUACUCCAGCUCCUCCUCCAGCCCCAUGGGCGUGCAGGCCCGCGAGGAGAGCUCUGACAGCGCCGAGGAGAACGACAGACGUGUGGAGAUUCACUUGGAGGGGCCCGACAAGGAGAAGCCGGUGAUGCUGCUGAACCACUUCACGCCGAGCAACGCGCGGCCCACGGCCCAGGUCCUCCCCGUGCAGAACGAGGCCGGCUCCGCGCCGGCGGGACACCACCCGCUGCCCCCGCAGAUGAUGGGCGCGGCCUCGCACGUGGCGCCCAUGCGGAUGCUGAGUUCCGUGCACAAGUCGGAAAGAGGAAACGCGGACAUGAAGCUGCUCUCGUCCUCCGUGCACUCGCUCCUGUCUCUAGAGGACAGGAACAAGGGGUCUGGCCCAAGGAGCGGCGUGAAGGUGGACAAGAGCUUCGGCGGGGCCAUGGUGGACGCGCUGCCCCCGCCCACGCCCCACCAGCCCGUGCAGGUGCUCUCCGGGCUCUCGGAGGGCGGUUCCAUGUCACCCACCGUCUCCUUUGGUCCCCGAGCCAAAGUCGUGCACGCGUCCACACUGGACAGGGUGCUGAAGUCGGCGCAGCAGCCGGCCCUGGUGGUGGAGACCAGCACGGCCGCCCCGGGGACGCCCAGCACGGUCCUCCACGCGGCGCGGCCGCCCAUCAAGCUGCUGCUGUCGUCCUCCGUCCCUGCUGAGCCUGCCAUUUCCGGGCAGACGUCCUGCCCCAACAGCGUGCAGAUCAGCGUGCCCCCGGCAAUAAUCAACCCCCGGACUGCCCUGUACACAGCCAACACCAAAGUUGCCUUCUCCGCGAUGAGCAUGCCAGUGGGCGCCCUGCAGGGCGGCUUCUGCGCCAACAGCAGCACUGCCUCUCCCAGCAGCCACCCCUCCACGUCCUUCGCGAACAUGGCCUCGCUGCCCAGCUGCCCGGCCCCCAGCUCCAGCCCCGCGCUGUCCUCCGUCCCCGAAAGCAGUUUCUACAGCAGCAGUGGUGGCAGCAGCUCCACAGGGAACAUCCCUGCCUCGAACCCGGGCCACCACCACCACCACCACCAUCAGCAGCCCCCGGCGCCUCCGGCGCCUGCGCCGCCCCCGCCCGGCUGCAUCGUGUGCACGUCCUGCGGCUGCAGCGGUAGCUGCGGCUCUGGCGGCCUGACCGUCAGCUACGCCAACUACUUCCAGCACCCGUUCUCCGGGCCGUCCAUGUUCCCCAUCUCCUUCCUGUCCUUCAACCCCAGCUACGUCAGCGCCCAGCAGUACGGCGGCGGCUCCACCUUCCCGGUCGUGCACGCCCCCUACAGCAGCAGCGGGACCCCUGAGCCCGUUCUGGGCGGGCAGUCGACGUUCGCGGUGCCACCGAUGCCGAACUUCAUGGCGGGGACGGCGGGGGUGUACCAGGCCCAAGGCUUGGUGGGUAGUAGCAAUGGCUCCAGUCACAAAAAGAGUGGGAAUCUGUCUUGUUACAACUGCGGGGCCACCGGUCACCGCGCUCAGGACUGCAAGCAGCCGUCCAUGGACUUCAACCGGCAAGGUACUUUUAGGUUGAAAUAUGCCCCCCCAGCAGAAGGUCUGGACUCCGCAGAUUGAUAUUUUUCUCUGGCAGCAGAACAUUAUUAAGCCAUGGAGACAUAAGGAAAAUUAAAUACAAAACUGAGAAGUCUAGUUGCUGUUGAGCUUAAUAUUUUUAAUCCAAAGGUGCUUUACUUUCCUAGACUGGAUAGAAAACCUAGCAUAGAAGUACAUCAGACUCGAUUUUAUUGCCAAAACCCUAGAUUGGAGCUUGAUGUCAGGACGUGGCCUAGCGGGUAUCUCCGCGGUGGUGGAACUGGCCGUCUGCGCUCUUGGCCGCAAUGCAGAGGUGGCGUGUCUCCCGAAGAGCAUUGCUGUCGUUGGUCCUUCUAGGCUCACACGUAAUUCCAGGGCAGCUACGUGAUCUGAACCGAGACCUGAAGGCUGGAGUUCUCCGAGUGGAGUUCCACCCGCCGGACUCUUGACACCCCUGGGUUAGGGAAAAUGUCGACUUUGUUUUGUUUUUUUUCUUAAAGUGAUUAGGCACUAAUCUCUGGGAUUUUUAAGGAUUGCACUACAGAAGAAUGUAACCUGAUGUAAAUCUCUGCAGUUCUGGGAGACAGACUCCUCCGAGACCAGUCAGUGCAAGAGACUCAAAUAAUAAUCCACAUACACAGAGUCGGCACCAGCAGGCUACUCGACUUAGUACACAACAGAGAUUUUAGUACUUCCUUCCCUCCUGCAAACACUUAAUAGCAGUUCCAGGUUUUUAAUUUUUUUCUGCAAAUAAAUUAAAACUACAUUAUUAAGUAGAAAUAGUUUACUCGCAACAACUUAAUUUCUAAGGGUCCAAGUCCCAGAGAAUCCAUAGUCGUCAAGGCUUUGAGACUACCUUCCUUCCCAGCCGUUCAGUGUCUUUGAGCCCUGACAUCUUCCACUACAAACGAACUCUCGCAGGGACAGGGUGACAGUGCGGCUGUGUGACUUGGCUGUGAGGGAUGCCGCACAUCCUUGGCAGAGUUUGCAAGUUGCUUUCUGUCACACGGGCUCCCCAGGAACCCCCAGCCCCAAGGCUCACUGCUCAUGGAUUCACACCUGAGACAGACAUUUCAGCAGUAAUACAGUCCUCUCACUUAUGAGCAAAAGAUUGGGGAUUUUCUCCCGUCGCUUCUUUUGUAUUAGGCUGUGUACUGACAGUCAAUUCCGUUAAAAAUUACCUGGAAAUCUUCAGUGGACAGUGGUAGGACUCUGGAAGAAAGAGGCCACACACAGGAGACAGAGCUACGAGAUCUGUGCAAGUCUGGUUUUUGUAAGGUAGGAAAUAAAAGUCUUCACUGUCGGUCUCUAAAUUUCAGCCACUGAAAUGAAAGCAUUUUCCUCUGAAAUUUAGGGACUUACUUACAUCUUCAAGGUUAAAGGGAAUUUUCUGCUCAAGUAAUAUUAUUUAAGAUGCUAAAGCCUUCAAUAUUACAAUAUUGAUUGGUAAGGUCUUGCCAGGGACUUUCCAGUUGAAUAUCUACUUUUUUAAAAAUUACAAUAUUCAGACCCAUUCUAAAAUGGGACAAUCAGCCUCAUGGAAAAUUGGUAUCAAUCAAAAGAACGCCCUAGAACGUGAGGCCUCUCGAGGGAGGUCAGUUUCCUGACGUAACGGAAACAAAUGACAGAGUUGUUACGUUUUCUUGCGGAAGGCUUUUCGGUAGAGUUUCCAGUUCUGUUUCAGUAGAGUUUUAUUUCUAUGCAAUGCAGAGCUGACGGGCCUCUGUCUCUGCGCUCCUGGUGCGCGGCGCUGCGGCGCUGCAGCGACGGCGAUGCGGACACGCGGCUGUCGAGGGGAACGUUACGCUCAUCUCUCGAAUCAUAAACACUACGAAAUGUCAAAACAGUGAGAACGACACAACUUUGCCUUAAAGAGUACUAGACUGGACCUUAUCACAUUAUGUUCGAGGAAGACUUAAGAGUGUUCAUUGAUGUUUACGAUUUUAAUAUUUCUGAGGCUAUUAUGGUGGCCUGCAUAUGUGCUGAAAGCCAAACUUUUAAAUUUUUUUUUUUUUUUAAGCAAAGAAAUAUUUUAAAUAAAUCCUAUCUCAACACAGUGAAAUUGUUGAAAACCGUCUCAUAACGAAAGUAAAAAUCAUUUAAAAUUUUUUGUUUUAGUGGUCAGUACAGGGGAAUGGAAGUAUCUGUUGCUACCCUUGUAACUAUUUUGAUAAAUAUUCAAGGUUAACCUUAAAUAUAACACAGUUAGGACAGAAACUUCGGUUUGCAGCAUGACAUUCAGAGUUGAGACAGAUAAGUUCUGGCGUCGUGUGGCUGUACAGGUCCGGCCUUCAGAGGUCUUUGAGAGCGUGUGUACAGUGUGACGUCUCCCGGGCGGCCGUUCCAAGUCGAGAGUGGUGAGACGCGUGACUUACGCGGAACAGAGGCGCGGCCGCGGCUCACGAGACCUCUUCCUGAGGGAGCCGCACACUUGGACUUGAGAUUAUGUGCUAGCGGGCUUAUCUCUGAUGAAUUCCUCUCCACAAGCAGCCGAGGUCAGGGCGCCUGAAGAGCAUUUUGCGUUUCGUCAGGAGGCUUCCUCGCCAGGUAAACACACACAGCACCCCGGCCCUUUCAAGUACUGGGUCGUUUUCCUGAACUUGUGGCCUCAGUUUCAGAAUGCCGUAGCAACCAGGUAGGUGUGGCACCGGCCACUUCUUGGCUCUUUGUAGUCUGUCGGAUAUUAAAGUUUCUAACACCGUUUUCUCAUAUCCAAGAACGGGGAAAGUGGAAUGUGGAGAUGGAGGGAGAAACAAUGUUGGGAUAAAACAACUAUUUAAUCUUUCAUUUUAUUUUUUAAACAAAACAGUUUUUUGCCUUAUUUUCUAAUUUUUAUUUCGUGGUGACAUUGACAAUUGGUAUUAGACAUUAGAACUCCUGAUGGCUAAAGAGCACUGAGGAGGUGGGCGCUAUCUUCACUUGGAUGAAGAUAAAGACACUGUCUUGAACACGCAUAGCGAUUGGGUAUUCAAAAAACCAGCAUCAUCCAUCAUCUCUGAAAGAUUACAGGAGUCAGCUUGUUAAUACGGUAGUUAGUAGGUUCUGUAUUUUAAUUCAGUAUUUAGCAUUCUAGUCCUUUGUUGCCAGAAGUCAGUAUAUAGUUUGUACUACACACUGCACUGGGGCACUGUGGCGGUGGUGGUGGCUUUGCUGGGACACCCCAGCUGUCCUGUGGUUCAUACCUCAGCACAGGCUGGCGAGGCUCCGCUUGCCCACGCUACGUACUGCUCGUGGGCACUUGCUGGGCGGGGCCGGGCCACUCCCUCCUCCAUCCCUGUCGUGUCCGUCACCUUCCCUGCUUCCUCGUGUUUCCUGCCUCGCUUGCUUUCCAUCCUGGUCACAAUUGAGGUCUUCACGUUGUGAGGGUCGCCACCUCCCUGCUCGACUCAACCCCCACCGCAGGCAGGAGUCCUGUGCAACCUUAGCGGGGUCGGCUGUCCUUGCCAAAGUGCAGGUGACUCCCAAAGAACGAGUCAGGUGACAUUUAAAGCCAUGGGUUCUGAAGAGGCUGAAUUGUUGCAAAGUCCCAAGGGUCUGAAUGAAAGUGAUCAUCCUUAAUCAACACUCUAUUUGCAAUAUUCUAGAAAACCAUAUACUGUGCUGGUUGAGGCCAAAGGUCAAGGUUGCUGCACUGUUCACCAAGGGAGGGGAGCAGCGGCCUUCAGCCCCGCUCCAGCUGCACGUGUGUCGUAACAGCCUCUCACAUGUGCAAGUUCUCAUGUGCACAAAAAGAUGAGGCUUUGGUACCGAAUCCGAGAACCUUGUAUACUCUGCACAGCUUCUAUUUGGACAUAAUUUCUUUUUAGGAAUGAAGGAAAAUUCUCCCAUUUUUGAGCCAUUCUUUUGUCAAUUCUACAAAAUUGCAUGUAACUUUAUAAAUAUUUUUAAAAGAUAUAGUUUUGUAAAUAUUUAAUAUUCUGCUAAUUUGAUUUUGAAUUGUAAAUGUCAAGUAUUCUGUUUUUGGGGUUUUUAUGUUUUAUUAUACUUUGUUAAAAAGGAAAAAUUGUACAUUUUUAGAAUGUUUUUAUGAGUAAAUUUAAUGUACUGAAAAUAAAAAUUAAAAAAAAGGC